AUGGCAACCAAGCCUAUCCUUACAACGGCCAUCCAGCCCCCUCCAGGCCCUGCGGCAAAACUGGCCCUCCCCGACGAGUCCGGAGUCAACCCACCGGUCUUCAACGAUGCGAUGAUCGUGCGAAUGCGCGUCUUUGUGGACGAGCAGCACUGCUCCGCGGAUGCCGAGAUCGACGAAGACGAUGCGCGGAGCUGGCAAUGGGUGAUGUACGACCCCUCGCCCUCCCCCGAGUCCAGCACACCACGCCCAGUCGCGGUGAUUCGCCUUGUCCCCCCCCCACAACCACCACACGCCGUCCUCACACAUGCCGAAGACCCUUCGACAAAGCAUCUGCCCCCGUAUGACUGGACACACGAGCCAUGCAUCAAACUAACCCGCGUCGCGGUCCUGCCCGAGUACCGGGGGUUGGGCCUGGGGCGGCGACUGAUGGAGACGGCGCUGGCCUGGGCGGCGGAACACGCGGCGGAGAUUGAUGCAGCGGCCGCGCAGGUGGCGGCACAGACCGAAUUGGUUGGGUCCCCGGGCCAAUGGCGGGGGUUAGUGCUCGUGCAUGCGCAAGUGGAUGUAGAGCGGAUGUACAGUGGGCUAGGAUUCGUGACCGACGAGAGGUUGGGCCAGUGGGAUGAGGAAGGGAUUGCGCACGUCGGCAUGUUUCGCCGGGUGGAAGUGCGGUGA